AUGCGUUUCACAUUCAUCUCACUGCUCUCUCUGUCCGCCCUUGCGCUUGCGGCUCCCGCACCCGAGCCUGCGCCGCAAGGAAAUGUUGCUCCUACAUGCAGCAAAGCCAGUGACUGCGGAAACUUCUGCACACCACCCUGCACGAGGCCGUUUUGUGGCCUGUCUGCUUUUGGAGAUCAGCGCUGCUUCUGUGGAUGCUAA